AGGGAUUUGGAAUCAUGGAAGAGAGCAGCUUCAACGAGAGUGUUGCAGAGAUAUAAAUAGCCAACUUCAUACCUGAUGGUUCUUGUUUGAUUUUAAAGCUCCCAGAUCAUGUCCAGUGCUCGAGUCUACGCAGACGUCAACAUUCACCGCCCCAGAGAUUACUGGGACUACGAGUCUCUCACCGUACAAUGGGGGGAUCAAGAUGACUAUGAGGUUGUUCGAAAAGUUGGAAGGGGAAAAUACAGUGAGGUUUUUGAAGGUAUAAAUGUGACAAACAAUGAAAGAUGCGUAGUCAAGAUUCUUAAACCUGUAAAAAAAAAGAAGAUAAAGAGGGAGAUAAAAAUACUUCAGAACCUUUGUGGAGGCCCAAAUAUUGUGAAGCUGCUUGAUAUUGUCAGAGAUCAGCAUUCCAAAACUCCUAGCUUGAUUUUUGAAUAUGUGAACAGUACAGAUUUUAAAGUUUUGUACCCUACAUUGACAGAUUAUGACAUACGCUAUUACAUAUAUGAGCUUCUCAAGGCAUUAGAUUACUGCCAUUCACAAGGUAUAAUGCAUAGAGAUGUCAAACCUCACAAUGUUAUGAUUGAUCAUGAGCUUCGCAAACUUCGCUUGAUAGAUUGGGGUCUUGCUGAAUUCUAUCAUCCAGGGAAGGAAUACAAUGUUCGAGUUGCUUCAAGAUACUUUAAGGGGCCUGAACUUCUUGUUGAUUUGCAAGACUAUGACUAUUCUUUGGAUAUGUGGAGCCUAGGUUGUAUGUUUGCGGGAAUGAUUUUUCGCAAGGAGCCAUUCUUUUAUGGUCAUGAUAAUCAUGACCAGCUUGUAAAAAUUGCCAAGGUUCUUGGGACAGAUGAGCUAAAUGCAUAUUUGAACAAAUAUCGUUUAGAGCUUGAUCCACAACUUGAUGCUCUUGUUGGAAGGCACAGUAGGAAACCAUGGUCCAGAUUUAUUAAUCCAGAUAAUCAGCAUUUGUUUUCACCGGAGGCCAUUGAUUUUCUUGAUAAGCUCCUUCGAUAUGAUCAUCAGGACAGGCUUACAGCAAGGGAAGCAAUGGCUCAUCCAUAUUUCUUCCAAGUGAGAUCUGCAGAGAGUAGCAGGAUGCGAACACAGUAAUUCCACUCUGAUAUCCUUGUACAUAUGAGCUUGGAUUCAGAUUGUUGUUUGGCUUGUAGUUUGUUCUAAAAUGUAUUAUUACAUGAGUACUUGUCGAGGCAGUUUGUCACUCACGAGAUUUUUGGUAAGGUGGGUGUAUUAUUCUUCACCUGCCCAUUUUUCAAAGACUGUUAAUAAUACUUGAAGCUUAUAAAUUUAUCACUAGGUUUUCGCAAAGUUAGAUUUUGUUUGUUGCUUA